UUAUUUCAUUUGCGCCGAUAUAUCUUUUUGUGUUGGAACCGAACAGAUAUUGCCAAUGACAACAAACAUGAAAUUAUGUUAUUGUUUUCAGUAAUAGCCGAUUUUGCCGAAAUAGUGUUAAUUUCCUCCAUAAAAAUAAUUAGCAAUUGCAAAUAUUUCUCUUUGUGUUCGAUUAAUUGUUAUUGCUGAAAGUAGAGCAUAUCAAAUGCGUAUACUUCCGCAUCAAGUUUAUUUAAUUAAUUGUAGACAUAUUAAACCUAAAUUUUUCAUUAAGAUAAAUAACAAUUAUAAGGAAUGAAUUUUGUGUAUAAACUAUUGUAGCACUGGUUCUUUCUUACCUUUUUUGUUUUUUCAUAUUUAAUGUAUAAGCAUACAUUAAUUAAGGACAUGUCAAAACAAUAUAUAUUGUCUAUCUUUCAUUUGAAAAAUAUCCAGAGCAUGAUAAGGCUGACUAAAGGGAACUUAGAAGCUUUAAAUGCAAGAUUUGCAGAAUACCAACAUCCUCCAUCUAUGUAUAUAACUGAGUAUGAAGAUCUGACAAGCAAGCUCAAUGAAUUCCAGAUUCAAGAGCAAAGAUUGCUUGAGCAAAUUGGAAAUGACUGUGAUGGUAGAGAUUCUCCUGAAUAUUUUGAUGAUUCUGAUGAAGCUAAACUUUAUAGUGACACAUUUCUAGCUAGGAUGCAAAUGAACUCAAAUAAUAGUCAAAUGUUUUCAAGAAAUGCGCCGGCAGAUACAAGUCCAAGAAUAUCACCAAGGUCACCUUUGAAAUCAGUGGUUAGAGCUUUUCUGCCAAAUCAGCAGCGUACUACUGUUCAAGUAAAACCUGGGCAAACUGUUAGAGAAGCACUGUAUAAAGCAAUGAGAAGACGGAAACUUACUGCAGAUAUGUGUGCUGUUUAUAGAAUUAAUGGCAGAGUUGAAGUAAAUUGGGAUGAUGACAUAAGUACUUUAGAAGGAGAAGAAAUAUCUGUUGAAAUUCAUGAUAGAAUUCCUAUUACAACAAGCAUAUCUCAUAAUUUUGUUCGUAAAACUUUCUUUACCCUUGCAUUCUGUGAAUGUUGUCGGCGUCUUUUGUUUCACGGUUUCAGAUGUCAGACAUGUGGGUAUCGCUUUCACCAAAGAUGUGCAAAUGGUGUUCCUACUUUAUGCCAACCUUCUCCUGUAGAAAAUAAUUAUUAUAGAUACUUAUUGGCAUCUAACAACUAUCUUACAAGUGGAGCACAGCAAGGUCAGGACUUGACUUAUACAAACCAGUAUUUCUAUCCUCAACAACCAUCAGCGUCAUCACCUCAAAAUGUUCCCAGGCCCCAUCCACCUCCUCUGGGUCAGAGAGAACGCUCUACAUCUGCCCCUAAUGUGUGUUAUAAUAUGGUUAACCAAAAUGAUAUGACAUUAGAGGAAUUUUCUUCUAGGCUGAGAGCUCAGGGUGCUUCAGGUAACACCGGUUUAGGAAUUUCUAGUGCUUACUACCAUAAUGCAGCUACUGUUGCUAGUUAUAGUCCAAGCUCUAGUCCAACCAGAACACAAAGUGCCCAAGGUUCCCCAACAAAUAGUCAUAAACCAUGGAGACCACGAGCUCGUUCUGCUGAUGAAAGUACUCGUAAAAUUAGACCUCCUCGAGAAUCCAUUGAAGAUUGGGAAAUUCCUGCAAAUGAAAUUCAAACAGAGCAUAGGAUUGGAGCUGGUUCUUUUGGAACUGUUCAUAAAGGCCACUGGCAUGGACCUGUGGCACUGAAGAAACUGAAUGUCACCAAUCCAACGCCUGCUCAACUACAAGCAUUCAAAAAUGAAGUCGCAGUAUUAAGGAAAACUCGGCAUGUAAAUAUUUUAUUAUUCAUGGGUUAUGUGUCCCAGCCUCAAUUAACAAUAGUUACUCAAUGGUGUGAAGGAUCAACACUAUACAAACAUCUUCACGUUCAUGAACAUAAGUUUGAAAUGUUGGAUUUAAUAGAUAUUGCCAGGCAGACUGCUCAAGGCAUGGAUUAUCUUCAUGCGAAGAACAUUAUUCAUAGGGAUUUAAAAUCAAAUAAUAUCUUUUUACAUGAAGAUUUAACAACUGUGAAAAUAGGUGAUUUUGGUCUAGCAACUGUGAAAACAAGAUGGAGUGGUUCCCAACAGUUUCACCAACCAACUGGCUCUAUAUUAUGGAUGGCACCUGAAGUUAUUAGGAUGAAAGAUCUGAAUCCAUACUCUUUUCAGUCAGAUGUUUAUGCUUUUGGUAUUGUCCUGUAUGAGCUAGUAGCAGGACAACUGCCAUAUUCACAUAUUAAUAAUAAAGACCAAAUCCUUUUUAUGGUUGGCCAUGGGUAUUUGAUACCAGACCUUAGGAAUACUCGAUCAGAUACACCUAAAGCUCUCAUUAGACUAAUUGAAGAUUGCAUUAAGUUUUCUAGAGAAGAGCGUCCUCUUUUCAGACAAAUAUUAGCAUCUUUAGAGUCACUGGCACGUUCCCUUCCCAAGAUUCAUAGGAGUGCCUCAGAACCUACACUAAACCGUACUCACCUUCAAUCUGAAGACUUCAUGUACAUGUGUGCCUCACCUAAAACUCCAAUCAACAGUCAGUUUGGUGCAUUUCCUUUCUUCUCCACUGGUAGCAACGUAUGACUCUAGUGCUGGUUAAACAAUACUGGUUUGUGAUAAAUUUUGGAUCUAUGACUCUAUGUGGAGAAUACAAUCCUCCUGAUUCCAACUUUUGUAUUCAUCCUGCUGACAUUGCAAGUGGUUUUCCAUGAAGACCACCCAAUGGAAUAUAUUUACAAGCCACUUGUGGAGAAUACAAUCCUCCUGAUUCCAACUUUUGUAUUCAUCCUGUUGACAGUGCAGGUGCAGGUGGUUUUCCAUAAAGACCACUCAAAGGAAUAUAUUUACAAGCCGUUUCCCAAUUCUCUUUACAGUUGAAACACUGUAAGCUUUUCCAAUACUCUUAUGUAUUAUAGAAAGCUUUGGUGUAUUGGGAAUUGAUAAUUCAAAUUGAAGCACUCCGCCCAAAAUAACGUUUGUAAGGAUAGAAAGGCGUAAAUUAAAGUUUUCUGUACUUGUAAAGCAUUUUUCAUCGUGUGAUAUGGCAGCACGUAAUUUCCUCUGUAAAUACAAAUGGACAAUUAGUCUUGUAUACUUCCGUUGUAUAAAGGCUGAGAUAUUGCUCUUUUUUUAUUUAUGUAUGAAUGUGUAUUGAAUUGAAGUAUCUGUGUUAUUUAAUUUUGUGUGUUAUUUAAAGUGUAAAUUUUGAACACAAAAUUAGUUGUCCUGGAAAAUGUAUGUGUGGAAAGUGUCUUGGUAUUUAUUUGUUCUUUUUUUUUUAUUUUGUUAUUUUGUGUGAAUUAAAAAUAAAUUGAAAUUAAAUUGUUUUA